UUUGCAUAACUGGCAGCGUUGCAAAGGACAGCCCCUUUCUCUCUUCCCUCCAUUCUCUCCCAUCUGGCAGAGGAGUCCGGCUCCCUAAAUCUUCUUUUUGUUGAUGAUCGCCGGGUGUCCUCCUUUUCCCCCUAGUCAGAUGAGGACACUCAGAUUCAAGGACGUAAGUGACUUGUGCAUAGUCACACAGCUAGGAGGUGGCUGCACCAGGAUUCAGAUCCAGCCUAUCUGAUGCUGAUCUCAUGGUCUGUGGGGUGCUGCAGAAAGAAAACUGCAUAAAGAAGGUGAUCCUGGCCUCGGGGAGUUCCUGGUGUGCGCCUCCAGCGAGCAUGGUUCCCUGCAGAGCGCACUCCGACAAGGUGAGCGCUUCCCCGGGGGCCCGGGCGGCGGGGCUUCUGUAAAGAGGUCACAGCACGCUAUGUCCCGGGACGCACGUGGAUUCCUGCACAGGUGUGGUGGCUGCGGAUGGGGACCGAGCGGAGCGGGCUCGCCGGCUUCCUCCCCGGCGGCGGCUCCGCUUCUCCUUCCUGCUGUUCACUUCAUCUCCUCAUCUGCAUGUGUGACAGCGGCGCGCGGACUGGGAAGGACAGAGCGCCCUCUCCCCGGCUCCCGUGCAGCCGGGCGGGGGCUCCGGGCUCCCCGGUGAUGCGUCGUCUGCGCCUCGCCGCAGCGCUCCCCGGGCCUGGCAGUGGCCAGGCGUGGACGCCGCCGGACCGCUGAGACUCGGAGCACAGUGAAGUACUGGCCGGCGUCUGGCUGGGGCUGGCGCUCGAGAGCCCGAUGGAGGUGGCGAGAGGGGCCGUGGGAGCCGGCGCCGAGUAGCCGGUGGACCCCCGCGCUCGCGCCUCUCCCGGCGCCCGGGCACUCCCCGAGGCUGCCAUGGAGGUGCCUAACGUCAAGGAUUUCCAGUGGAAGCGCCUAGCGCCACUGCCCAGCCGCCGGGUCUACUGCUCCCUGCUGGAGACCGGGGGCCAGGUCUAUGCCAUCGGGGGAUGUGACGACAACGGCGUCCCCAUGGACUGCUUCGAGGUCUACUCCCCCGAGGCCGACCAGUGGACUGCCUUGCCCCCGCUGCCCACAGCCCGGGCGGGGGUGGCCGUCACUGCCCUGGGGAAGCGGAUCAUGGUGAUUGGGGGCGUGGGCACCAAUCAGUUGCCCCUGAAGGUGGUGGAGAUGUACAGCAUCGAUGAGGGCAAGUGGAAGAAGAGGAGCAUGCUGCGUGAGGCCGCCAUGGGCAUUUCUGUCACGGCCAAAGAUUACCGAGUAUACGCGGCAGGCGGGAUGGGCCUAGACCUACGUCCACACAGCCACCUCCAACACUAUGACAUGCUCAAGGACAUGUGGGUGUCACUAGCACCCAUGCCCACCCCGAGAUAUGCUGCCACCUCCUUCCUCCGAGGCUCCAAGAUCUACGUGCUGGGGGGACGACAGUCCAAGUACGCAGUCAACGCUUUCGAGGUCUUUGACAUCGAGACUCGCUCCUGGACCAAGUUUCCCAACAUUCCCUGUAAGAGGGCCUUCUCCAGCUUUGUGACCCUGGACAGCCACUUGUACAGCCUGGGAGGCCUGCGGCAAGGUCGCCUCUACCGGCAGCCCAAGUUCCUGCGGACGAUGGACGUGUUUGACAUGGAACAGGGGGGAUGGCUGAAGAUGGAACGAUCAUUCUUCCUCAAGAAGCGGCGGGCAGACUUUGUGGCUGGCUCUCUGAGUGGACGGGUCAUAGUGGCUGGGGGACUUGGGAAUCAACCCACUGUCCUGGAGACGGCGGAAGCAUUCCACCCAGGGAAGAACAAAUGGGAGAUCCUCCCUGCCAUGCCCACACCCCGCUGUGCCUGCUCCAGCAUAGUCGUCAAGAACUGCCUCCUCGCCGUGGGAGGUGUCAACCAGGGUCUGAGUGACGCAGUGGAGGCCCUGUGUGUCUCUGACUCCUAGCUGUCUUCUGGGUCCAGUACCUUUGCCCUGGACCAUAUCACUUCACUCUUGACAUGAGGAAUGAUCUUGUCCAAGCAGUCAGGGCUGCUUCCCAGAAUGUCAGCUCCUGUUAGCAGCCAGUGGAGUCUGGCCUUGGGGCUCUAAGUGACCUCUCUAUAGCUCCAAAUCCUACCAAUCUCAGAAAACUGUAAGAGGCACAGAUGACUCAACCAGCUGCAGAGCUGACUCUGAAGAGAGUCUCCACUUACUGCACAGGCACAGAAAGGCACAGGAAUAUUUCCUACCUCUCCCUCCUGUGAGUCCCACCUCUCCCGACCCCCAUCUCCAGGAGGCAGGUAGAGCAGUUCUGACAGAGAGGAUAAUCUGCUGUUGCUGUCUUUCCCCAGCUCUAAAUUAGUUUUAAGGUUGCUUAAGAUGAAAAAUGGAGAAUGAUUGGGGGUUCCAAACCCCUUUCUUCUCCCUUGGUUUAUAUCUCUUCACCAUUUGGUGGUCAACUGUGGGCCUACCCUGGACCUCAUCUACUCAGCGAGAAUUGGACAUGAAGCUAGAGGCAGCUGCCUUGGAAGGGAAGUCAGGCUCACUUGGACAGCCCAGGCCAUGGCAGGAAGAAUCCCUUCCUCUUGGGGUCCUUGCUGGGCAUGUGAUGAUGGAGAAGCAGCAGUCUCCCAGCCAUGGGUCUGCUCCCCACAUCUCUCCUAAUUCCACUUCACCUUCUUCCACCCCCUCCCCACCAGAGGCCUAGCCCUUUUGUCACCGAAGGCCCCCAGAGGGUUUCUGUGUGAAACCUUCUCAUUUACACUGUGGCAUCAAAAUCCACAAAAGAUGGAUUAAUUGCACUCUGGUUAAUAGCAGCAGCACAAUGAUUAAAAUCUAUAUUCCUAACUUCUCUAGCACCCUGGUGUGGGAGUGGGGCAGAAGGGUGUCUUGAGGGGCAGGGAGGACCCCAUAAAACAAUCCCUCCGGCAUUCUCAGGCUAAGGAGGGCCCGCAGUGACCACCUGUUCUUGGCUGUCCCCUCUGAAGUGCCCUGCCUUCUCACAGCCACCACCAGUUACCCCAAUCCCAGGAAAACAGCACAUAUUCUUCUUCUCCUGCCUUGAGACUGCAUGUUAAUCUUCCAUUCAGAACUCAUCAGCAGCUCAGUCCUUCUUAUGUCUAGUCUCAGUUCAUUCAGCCAAAGCUCAUUUUUGUCCUAUCCAAAGUAGAAAGGGUUAUUUUAAAAAACUCGAAGAAUGUGCCUCCUCUUAGCAUCUGUUUCUGACUCCCAGUUAUUUUUAAAAUAAAUGAUGAAUAAAAUGCCUGCCCUGAAGGGUUCUGGAGGAGUCAGGUAUCA